ACUCAGUUUGGGUUGAGUCAAAGAUGGCUGUUCCCUUAACGCGUUUUUCUUGGAGCGUUUUGAAAAAAAAUCAGUUACAGUAUAAACAAUUAUUAGCACUUUCAUAUCCAGCUCAAUUUACGUAUUCGUAUAGGCAUUCUUUUUCACACGAGAAGAAUUUUCAAACUUUUGACAAUACCGUUAAAAAUGUCUUGCUCUGUACCGUUUUCUUCUCCGGUUUUGGUUAUAUUUUGUAUAAAUGGAAAGACAAUUGUCAGAACCGAGUUAGCAGCUGGAUGAAUUCUAUGUUUACAAUACAUGCUAAAUCAGUUGCUUGGGAUGGAAGUAAUAACCGGAAUAAGUACAAUUUCAUAGCUGAUGUAGUAGAGAUCUCAGCUCCUUCGGUAGUUCACAUUGAAAUUCAGAAUAGUAAAACGUUUGAUAUUCCUACAGGGAAACCGUUCAAAAUAAGUAAUGGAUCCGGUUUCAUUGUUAAAUCUGAUGGAUUAAUAUUAACAAAUGCUCAUGUUGUAACUAAUAAGCCUAAUACCACUGUUAAGGUAAGGCUUCAUGAUGGAAGUAAUUAUGUUGGUGUGGUAGAGGACAUUGAUAUGCACUGUGAUCUUGCAACUGUGCGAAUUAAUCAGACUAAUUUGCCAGCAAUGAAGCUUGGCAGUUCCCAAAGUCUUAGGCCAGGAGAAUUUGUAGUUGCCAUUGGAUCACCAUUAACUUUAAGCAAUACAAUAACAAGCGGAGUAAUAAGUAGUGUACACAGAGAUAGUAAAGAACUUGGCCUGUAUAACAAGCAUAUGGGUUAUGUCCAAACAGAUGCUGCAAUCACUUUUGGUAACUCAGGUGGUCCAUUAGUUAAUUUGGACGGUGAAGCAAUUGGGGUAAAUGCAAUGAAAGUAACAUCCGGUAUUUCCUUUGCAAUACCUAUUGAUUAUGCUAAGGAAUUCUUAAAGAAAGCUGAUAUGCGCAGAAGCAAAUCAGGUAUAAAAACCAUGGCAGAAGAAUACAAGGCGAAAUAUAUUGGAGUCACGCUGCUUACUCUAACACCCGAUCUGUUUUACGAAUUGCAAAAGAAAUUAAAAGGAAUUCCAGAUAACAUCAGACACGGGGUUCUUAUUUACAAAGUAAUCGUGGGAUCACCGGCUCAUCUGGGAGGUUUACAACCAGGUGAUAUUGUUACUCACGUGAACGAGGAACCAGUGAUGACUUCUGCCAGCAUCUACAAGGCGAUAGAAACGUCCAAAGUCUUGAGAUUGAUAGUGAUCAGAGGAUAUCAAGUGUUACAUCUGAGAAUCGAGCCAGAAGAACUGUAAAUCACCACGCUGUAACGUUGCCGGCAUUGAAAUUCAAAGUUCAAAACACCAUUGACACUAUUUACAUUUUUGUAGACAAAUUUUCUGCUAAGUUUAACGCGUAGGAAUAAAAUGUCUUAGUCUCACGCAA